GGCGCGGCCGCUCCCCCCACCGUGCUGCCUCCCCCAUGCACGGCUGUUCACCACCGUGGGGAGCCAGUCCUCCUGGGGGGCGGGGCCGAGUCUCCCCGAAGCUGCGGUCGCCUCGCCGCACCCAUGAUUUUCGCUCCCGCAGCUGGUCCCCCCAGCACCGCAGGAAGGCCGGCGGCGGCAGCCCCGAGGCGCGGCGCAGCAGGUGGGGCGGCAAGCUGGCCAUGACCCCGCCCCGUCAGGCCAAGGGGGCCAGGGAGUGCCGCUCUCCUCUGCCCCGCCGCUACCGCAGCCCCACCUCUCCUUCACAGCCCCAGCCCCCUGCGCCGCUCCCCCUCCCGCAGCCCAGCCCGCCCCUACCACCACGGCCCACACACCCCAGAGCGCCCCCCCGAUGGUGGCCGCUUCCCUGCUUCACCGCCAGAUGGCUACUCAGGGCGUGGCGGCCGCCACACUCCCGAGGGCUCCCCACCCACAGACCACCACCAGUACCACAGCCCCGUGGGGCAGUACCGCAGCUGCAUCAGUCCUCCCUUCUCCCGCAGCCCCCCGUGGAGCCCCGGUGGGGGGCGCCGCGCCAGCCCCAUGGGGUGGCGCAGUCCACGCUACCAACACCAGCACCACCACCACUACACUCCCCCGCCCCAUGACCGCUGGAGCCCCCAGCGCUCCCCACGCUGUGCUACCCGCUCCCCGGGGCGCCGCUCACCACCCCCAGGCCACCGUGCCUCCCCGGGGCGGGGCCGCUCACCCCUGAGCCGCUCCCCACGCCACUCCCCGCGCCGGUGCCCGGGGCUGAGGUCCCCCCGCCGCUCCCCUUCCCCACGGGGUGAGGUGUACCCCUACGAGCGGCGGGGCUGGGGCGGGGCAGCCUGGGAGUGGAAGGCGUCCCAACACCACAGCCCCAAGGCAGAGCAGGGGGAGGCGCGGUACAGGAGGGGCAGCGCAGGGGACAGUGCCCCCCUCAAGACAGACGCUGACUCCACCAUCAGCGACUCAGAGCUGCCCUCCGCUGCGCCCCCUGCUCCCCCUAAAGCAGCAGCAGCAGCAGCAACAGCCACAGCAGGUGUACAGCUGGCCCUACCCUCCACAACCACAGCAGUUUCAGUACCCUUAUGAUGCAGCUGAGGGGACUGACACUGCCACCACCACCACCACCACUGCCACUACCGCCACAACAAGGGUUAUUCAGGUGUUGCCCCAAUAUGCUUCAACCCCACAGCCCCACUCCCCCAUGACAGUGCAGGCAGGGAAUGUCAUACAGGUUGUUCCAGGGAGGUGGAGGUGGGCCACACACACCUGGGUUACCUGUGGCUUGGCUGAUCUCCCUCCUCCAGCAGCAAAUCCCAAGAAUCAACGAGGACAUUGUGGACCCAGAGAUUGCAACAGCAGCAAGAGAGAGAGAGAAGCAAGAGAGGAGGGAGAGGAAGGAGAGGAGGAGGAGAGAGAGAGGGAAGCCAGGAGGGAGGCACGUCAGAGAGAGAGGGAGAGGAAGAGGUUGAUUCUAUUACAACAACAACUGCAACAACAACAACAGUUAGUCAGUGAGGAGGGGGAGGGUCCGUCCUCUGAUGCUGAGGAUGAGGUAUUGUUCAGGGUAAGUAGUAGUAGUAGUAGUAGUAGUAGUAGUAGUAGUAGUGCAUCCAUUUUUAAACUUUCCGAGAUAAUCUUAUUUCAACAGGUAGAGAUGAAAAGUCCUCUAACUGAUAAAAAAAAAAAACAUUAUCUAUUUAUUUUGUUAUGUAGGAGGGGCACCAGCCAGCCGUGGGAGACAAAACUGCAAUAAAAGAAGACUCUCUGAGGUGUGGCUCCCCAAAAUAGAAUUACAAAUGGUAGUCUGAGUUUACAUGAACACUGGAGGGUGCUGUCAGGCCAAACCAGCCCCCCAUCUGUGCCUAUGCAGUGUCUGGCCAGGCACUAGUGUGUUUUGGGGGCUCAGACCAGCACAUUCCCACUGUUUAUCCAUUGUUUGAGUUGAUGCAUUGUCUGGCCAGCCACUUGUGUGUAUGUAGGGGACUCGGACAAGUUUAUUUAAUGUUCAGUGACCCGUUUGCAGGCACAGGGGUGUUGACAAGCUGGGUGUGCAGGAGAUAGACAGUUAGAAAGGUUUACAGUUCAAAUGCUACAUGUAUCUUAAAAAUACAGAUAAUAAGUGGAUAAAUAGAUUGAAAUUAAUAUAAAAUACCAUUCUUUAUUUAACACUUAACCAAACUUAACCAACAUACACAUACAGAGAAUGAGUUAGUGCAUGCAAAAAUGAGAAAACAUGCAUAGACAAAAAUAAAUGAAGGUCAGAAUGAUGAGAGAGAGAAGGAUGAGAGGAGGAAGAGAUGAGGUAAGUGGGGAGACGAAUGCUGAGAGAGAAAGAGAUGAGAGAAGGAGAGAGUUGGUGUACAAAUCUGGCUGUUGUAGCUGCCCAAGCUGAAUAAAAAGAUACAAGUUAAUGGUAUUUUCAAAGGACACAUACCACUUAUAGUUCAAAGAAGGGAUGGAUGCUGGAGAUUAGUUCAUGUUUUACUAUUUUUAUUUUAGCUUAGUGAAAUGAAAUUACUACGGCUUAUUUGAAUGAAGGAAAAAUGUCUCUGGAGGGGAUUGUGUCAGUGAGUAAAAAGGUUCACACACACACACACACACACACACACACACACACACACACACACACACACACACACACACACACACACACACACACACACACACACACACACACACACACACACACACACACACACACAAACACAGAC